GCGGCGCGACGCGCGAGACGGUACGAGACGAGCCGCGCUCGUCGGUCGGCUCGCUCGUAGCACGAGCGGAGCGGAGCGGAGUGGAGCAGAGAGCGAGCAAGGCCCACACCGCGCCGUGCACCACCCGUGCUUUUCCACACGCACGCACGCCCGCUCGCUCGCUCGCCCGCUCGCUCGCCCGCAAUAACUCUAAACCCGAGGCAAGAUGGCGGCCGCGGCGGCGGAGGCCCCGUCCGCGCACCUCGCGCUCGCCACGGGCGACAAGAUCCUCGUGACCGUCGAGUCCGCGUUACCCGACAUCCUCGUGGUGUCCUUCGUCCACGGCGCCAAGUGCUUCCAAGGCGCGCUCCUCGACGCUACUAAAAGCGGCCUUCCCUGCGGUGUUCAGCCCCCGGAGCCGGUAUCGGACCCCGAUGGCGACAAGUUGGCCACGAUCGCAGCACGCUUCAGCUACUUCCAGGAGCGGAAGAGCGCAUCGUCGACGUCGCCGCCCGCCGUCGUUGCCAAAGUCGACCUUCGCAGAAGCAUCAACCCACCCGCCAGGUACAAGAAUGCCAGACCCACGGUGAGACUGAGGCCCCGUCAGGUACUCUGCAGCAAGUGCCGGUCGAUCUGCAACGAGAAUAGUGAAAAUGUUGACGUCAGCAAGAAACGAAAGCACGAGGAGACGCAACAGCAACAGCAAUCGCAGCAGGUACUACCGCAGCUAGUACCGGGUUCCACGAGAAGAAGUGACCGACGUUGCGGUCAGCAACCGCAGAAGACUCAGCGAACGCUGCUUUCGGAAUGUCAGGUAGAAAACUCGAUAUCCAAUCAAGCGACGACGAAGACGAUGGCUUCUAGUCCGGAUUCGUCGAAGUUGGGGGCGUCGCUGAUCCCGAAACUGUCGAGGCUACAACCUAAUGAGAUUAGCAAUGCCAUGCAGGGUUCCGGUCAAUUAUCCGAUAAGGUGAAGGUUGCGGCGAGUGUUCAAUCUUCGCACUGGCCUGGUAACGAGGAAACCUCCCUGAGGAGCAUUUUAACAUCGUCGCAGGAACGGGUGGAAUCCACCGCCGACUGUGAUAGUAAUCCAUCGAUGGCUUAUUGCGCCACACCGCGAAGGCUCAGUAGUUCGUCGGUGGAAAGCGCGAAGGUGCCGGAAGAGGAGGACAAGAAGACCCUCGCGGCCGCGGACUCCACGAUGAGACUGAGAACCGGUCGAAUACCGAGGAAGAAGCGCUCAGUGGGUUCGAUGGAGGAUCUUUGGGAUGAAUCGGUGUUCGAAGAUCCCACAAGAACCGCCAGGACUACACCGGUGAUCAAAAUCUCGUUCGGCGCGCAGGGCGAAGGGACGGUUCUCAAAAUACCAGCGAAACCCCAGGAUCCUGACGCAUACGAGCAGGAGACUGACGACGCCGAUGAAGCCCAGCAGGAAAGAGAUCCCCUUGAACUGCCCGAGUCUUUUGGCAACGAUUACGAGGAGGGCGAGGAGAACGGGCAGGAGCAGGUGGAUCCUCAAAAGCAGGGUGGCGUUGUGAAAGAUGCCAGCGCGAAGGCAGCGAAACGGGCGCUAAAGAAAGCUAAGAAAGAAGCCAGAAGGAAAAUGCUGGGCGGAGUGUCACCCGCGAGGUCGCCUUGCAACGGAUCGCCAAGGUACAAUCCCACGUACGAUCCACUCUCAUAUCACCGUCGGAAGCACAAGGUGAAGCACAAAAAGAAACACAAGGAGGGCCGAAAGCACAAAAACCAACAGCAGCAACAACAGGAGCAAUCAUCCGAUCAAGCUGAGCAAACCUGUUUGGAUUCUGCUGACCAACGGCAACAACAACAACAGCAGCAGCAGCAGAAUUGGAACGUUCUGCCGGACGGUGGAGAGUCGUACCGGGCCAUCAAGGAACAGUGCCUAAAGCAAAAGCUAUCGAUAUCCCUGAAGAGGCUCAAUACGAAUGCAUACGCACGCUGUGAUUAUCCCGUGAGCAACGCGUCCUCAGGUUGUAAGAGCUCGGGUGGUAGCAGCGACGAGCUGAGUGAGCACGAACCCGAGGUUGAGACCGCUCCAGACUUCCCGCCGCACCAGUCGCAUCCCUUGAUGAUGAGGCUAGCUGCCACCCCCGUAGCUCACUGCCUCACCGCCAAUGGCAAGCGUAUGGACGUGGGCGACGUCGUUUGGGGCAAGAUCCACGGUUUUCCCUGGUGGCCUGGCAAGGUGUUAAGUAUCACUGUUUCUUGCAAGGAAGACGGUACCUCGUCAGGCCCCCAAGCUCAUGUGGCUUGGUACGGCUCGUCAACGAGUUCAUUGAUGUCCUGUGAUGAGUUGAGUCCUUUUCUCGAAACAUUUAAGACACGAUACAACAAGAAGAAGCGCGGCCCGUAUAAGGAGGCGAUACGCCAGGCCCAGAACGAGGCGCGGAGUCAGAUCACGCCUAACUCGACAAGCAGCGUGUUGAACGUCUGCGGUUCGCCCCGCGAGGUCAACGUUCUCUCCUAAGGGAAGUUCUCCGACAACCAUUCCUUACUGCCGAGCAUCCGUCGACGUGAUAAUUAAAGCGCUCGGGAUGAAGAAGGUGCUGACCAAUAAUCGAUCCUGUCCUUAAUUGCAGUAGCUUAAUUAAUUUUGCUCGAUUUAACUUAUAUGUUCGUUUCCGUCGUAUUUUGCUAGUCAGUUCUAAUGAAAUUAUUUGAAAUUAUAAGAUCAAUUUAUGAUAAAUUUUUUUUAUUUUAAACUUCCGGGAGGUUUUAAGCUUUAAAAAAUAUGUAUAUAUACGUACAUAUGUAUAUGCAUAUGUAUAUAUGUAAUAACUAAUAAUUACUGCUACUCUUUCAAAUCUAAAAAGAUAAGAUUAUUUAUGCGAAUAAUUACCGACUUGCCUCGAGCGCUUAAAUUAACGAUGGAUCGGAAUUGUCGUGUAACAUAUGAAAUUUUGUACAUACCCUUAGCGCUAAUGAAAUAGUUACUGAUUGAUGUUCUGUCAGCCAUUGGUAUCGCGAUCAUUCGUUUGGAGCCAGUCGUAUCUCGUUGGAACGGAUGAAGAAAUUACCUUUACUCCUUGUAUCAUUAAUAUUUUUUUACACAAACUCAAGCGUAUUGCUAAAAGAGGGAAAGGAUAUUCGUUCAACUAUUUAUUGACGCUGUUGUUAUUUAAUUUUUAAUUUAGUAGAAUCGUAUUUUUAAAUUUUGAUAAUACGAAGUUUGCGAAUGAUGAAUAUCCGAAUUUUGAGGAGUCAAUUCGUUCUUUGAUCGUAAAAUCUUUUACUGCUUUGAUAAGAUCUAUUUCAAGUGCAAGGUUUUACUUGAUAAGAAUGUUCACUAGAUUACCUAGACACACUAGAGUCACUAGACUACCUCCGAACGAAUCGAAUCACGAACGUUUACUGCCAUCGUCACUGGCUUUUCUGUCCUCGGCUUAUCAAGCGGACGAUAGCGCGUAAAAUGUCUUAAUCCAGACAUCUUUAGAUUAAUCGUAAGUACUCACUAUGAGAUUCGUUUCUUUUAUUGAUUGAUUUCUCAAAAUAUCACGACGCACGGUUCGUGAUUAUUCAAAAUUCAUGAUUAUUAAGUCAGUUAUCUCGAAAAUAAUCGCACGAUUGUCUCGGACUGCACAUUUUUAUGAUUUGAGCUACACAGACUGCGAAAUAUUAUUUAUAUAUGAACGCAUAGUGAUCAUUGACGACUAUAUUACACAUCUAUUAUAUAUAUAUAUAUACGGUAUAUUUUUCAAAUCUAAUAUAUACAUAUAAUAUAUAAAAAUUAAAAAUGUGUGUAUUUGUAUAUAUAUUUUUAAUUUUUGUCUAUGACAUAUUUUGCUUUUUUCUUGAAAGGCGAAAAAAGUAAUUAUGAAUUAUAAAUUGAUAAUAAUUAUUAAUGAUUUCUGAUGGCCGUUACAGUGAUUCGCAGAUCUAGGUGAAUGAAAAAAAAAACUUGCAGUGCUUAGGACUGUAUCUAACUGUAAAUUUUUUAUAUUCUCCGACAAAGACAGCCAAUGUUUACGCUUUGUGCCAACACUGCCGUGUAAUUAAAACAAUCGAUCGUUUCCAUCUUCGAGCAACGAUAAUUAUAAAAUAACUAUAUAGUAGCUUGAAUGACUUUCAAUUUCUGAUUGCAUUAAAUUAAAAGCAGAAUGUUUUGAAGGGAGCGCGUGAAAUAAUAGAAUCUUUAACUUGUAGUUUCCAACAGAGAAUUAAAAAAUUUGCAUGCCGUGAAUUAUUCACUACUUCUUACAUUUCUAGUAACAAAUCUCUGAGCUGUGUCCGCGAAUUAUUAAAACGUUAAAAAGUUUUUUAGCCGAAAGCUUUAAACUCAGCGUCGUGGAUCUAGAACAAUAUUAGCAGUUUUCUCACUUAACAAUGUAAAUUCUGAUAAUUCUCCGACUAAAUCGAACGUUGUAAAUUAUUUCAGAAAAGAGAAAUUAAUGGUACCAUAGAUAUCUGUUUUAAUAUUAUAUUGAUAAAUAUGUAUAUUACAGAACCACGCACGAAUAGUACUUAAGAAGUGAUUAUUGUUAUACCGACGUUACGUCACUGCCUCUAUGUGACUUUCUUCCACGAAACUAUUUAUCAUGCCUAUAAUUGGAAUCAUUGAGUUGAAACAUUGCCGAAUAAUUUUUAGUAGUUUGCUCUUUAAAACUACUCGAAGCUGUUUGAACGUAUCUCCUGUGGAAGAAGGCAUAUUCUUGUAGGAUCUUUGAAACAUUAUUGACUUUUAGGUUGAAACGUGGAAGAAACUGAUUUAGUUAAUUGCAAGGUGUGUACUGCGAAAUGUCUGAUGCGUCGAGUUCUGCAAAAUCGGCCGCAACAUUUCUUUUGUCUGUUUAAUUAUGCUAAUUGGACAAUUAAAUAUAUGAGUGAUUAUAUACAUGCCGGAAAUGUAUGUAUUUCCGACACAUGGCAAAAAUUUGAAAACACGGAAACAAAAUCACUGCGAGAAAGGAGUGCGUGCAUGAGAAAACGUCAGAAUGCGAGAGAAGCAAGGGAAAAAGAGAAUCGAAAGAAAAAGAUGGGAAGACGUAAAGUGUUUUAAGUAACUGUGAUUUUUUUGCAAAUGUUUUAUAUAUAUAUUAUAUAUAUAUGUAUGUUAUAUACAUAAAUAUGAAUUAAUUUCUACACAUAAUAUAAACGAUGUUUCGAUGUCGCUGUGUUUAUACGAAAUAGGCUAAAACAUAUCGUUAACGAAAAUGAUGAUGAUUAUUAUUAUUAUUAUCAUGAAGGAUGAUUAUUAUGAUUAUUGUCAUUAUUAUUUCUUCUCAUUAUUGUUGCGGAGCUCGAAUAGUGCUGAUUGCUUGCUGUAAGUAUACGAGAAUGGAUUGUACCGUCGUAAAUAUUUAGCGCAUUUUUACCGCCACGUUACAAAAAAAAACGAAAUGGAGAUCGACAAAGACGUCAAUGCGAAACCUGUGCAUUUCUUAAUUUCUUAGAAAUUAUUUAGUAGUAAGCUUUGUUACUUGUACUUACAAGGCGCCGUUUCAAUUUGCGCCGGCUGCUUUUGUUAUUUAAUUUUCUCUUCGUAGCGUUUUUUUUGUGUUGAAUGAGUAUUUAUGCGCGGCGGAAAAGGCACUCGUAUACGCCAUUGCUUCGCCAUAAAUCACAUUUUCUCCAGACGUAAUGUUUUACUUAGGGAUAUAUACAUAAUUGAAAAUAUAAUUUAUUAUAUUAUAUAUUAGUGACUAUGCGCGCACGCGUACAUAUACAUGUACACGAUACACAAACACACUCGCACACGAAUACACGGUAGUGUCCAUAAAAUAUUUUUGAUCUUAUAAUUUAGAUGUAAUAAGAAAUGUGUGUGCAUAUAGAAGAAUCUGAAAACUUUCUCAGAACUCUUUUUUAUCAUUCGUUGAGAAAUAUUUUCGACUAUGUAACUUUUGGCGAUACAUAUCUGGAGAAAUAAUAUUUGUAGCGAAUCAAGUCCAUUAGUACGAAUGUUAUUUUUUACGCACUAUAAUUAGCGCGUUGAUUUAGGGAUCGCAAUUAAACAUUAAUUUAUGAAAUAUUAAUGUUUGGCAAUUUGGCGAAAUUUUCAGGUAAGCAAAUGGUUUGAAUAAAUCGGCAUAUCUACCUCAGAA